UCCAACUUCCUUUAUGCUCCACAAGACUGAGAGCAGCACUAAGCCAUUAAAAUGAUCUAUCAUGGUGGAAUUUCUUCAUGGAAAACAUUUCAAGCCCUCUGUGUGUAUUUUUCGGUUUCAUUUGUGUAAAAAUGCAUUUGUUUGGCGCCUGCAUCCUGUCUUUCUGUUUUAUGAUGGUGAAUGCCACUGUGUCCAAGAGCUUCAGAGACUGCGGGCAGUUUUUCUACAUGCAAACGGCUCCCUCGGGAAUCGGAGGGACAAGCUUGAAGAGGAUCUGCCAAAAAUAUGCAGACAAGCUGCGUUACGCCACUUUGUACGACAGCAGUCUGCGUCUCCCGCUGUAUUCAGCCUACAUUUUUAAGAAGUCGGAUGGGAAGAGGAGGGCAGACACCCCGUGGAUGUACGAACCUCAGCUGGUGUCUGAAGGUGAGGGCAGUAACAUGAAGGUGCUUCCUAUGACAGACACAUCUCCUCUUAUUGAGGACAGUCAGACUGUUUUGGAGGACUACAUAGAUGCUGUGGAAUACAGACGUGUCGCACUGAAUCCCGAUCAGCACCAAUCAGAUCCAGACGACAAAUCCUCUACCUAUACCCUCACCAAUGUUGUUCCUCUGAUCACGGACUUCCUGGAGACCUCCUGGAACCCUUACCUAGAUACAAUCCGCCGCCGCCUUAACAACUUCUGCCAUGGAAAAUCCUACAUUGUGACUGGAAUAACCGUUUCAGGGGCCACAGUCAGGCGCGACAACAGGGACCGCCUUUCAAUACCAAAACACAUAUGGAUGGGAUACUGCUGCCCACAGUUUGACCGUAACUCGCCCUAUGAAGUGAGGUUCAUGUUCCCCAGUUAUGGCGGUUAUGCCCUGAACGGACAGGCUGACAAUAACGUGGUGGAGGUACCAGUUAAGAAAUUGGAAACUUUUCUGAGGAGCCAAUCUGGUGCCAAUGAUGACAUGACUAUUUUCUACAAGGACUGUGUGUCAGAAAAUACCAUAAGGAAGAAAAGACGAGAUGUUUCCAGUGUUGCCCUACAAACUGUAUAAACGGGGUUGUUUUUUAUUUAAACCAGUACAGUGUUCAUUAUGUAGCUUUAUAAGUUUUUAUUGAAUUAUAGUUUUUAAGGAAAACAAAUUA